GAAUGGGCCGCAGCGGCGCUUGGGAAUCUGGCGGUAAGCGCAGACAACCAGGCUCUCAUCGCCGAGGCCGGUGCGAUCCCUCCACUGGUGGAGCUGUUGCGCAGCAGUGGUGAUUAUGUCAGGGGAUGGGCUGCAGAGGCGCUUGGGGAGCUGGCGAAAAACGCAGGCAACAAGGCUCUCAUCGCCGAGCCCGGUGGCAUCCCUCCGCUGGUGAGCUGUCUGACGACAGGCACGGAUAUAACCACCCGGCACUUUGCAGCACAAGCUCUCGGCCACUUGAUGGCGGAUUGGAUCGUCGUCGACGGUGAGUUCGUCCCCAUGCCGGAGGCCACGGAAAUCGCCGAGGCCAACCAGGCUUCCAUCGCAUCCGCGGGAGCGAUCGAGCCGCUGAUUGCGCUGCUGCUAACGAACGUCCGACCGGCCCUGCAGGCGGCGGCCGCGCAGGCGCUUCGGCCUUUCUCGUCCCGCGAGGACACCCGUGUGGCCAUUGUGGAAGCUGGUGGGAUCUCUGUGCUGGCAAAGUUGCUGACCCGUUGUGAACCCGCUCAUCAGCACGGCGUCGUCGGGAUCUUGGACGACCUCGCGGAGAACGUGGAGAACGUGGCGGCCAUCGUGGAAGCCGAAGCGGUCCCUGGCCUGGUGGAACUGAUGGGCGACCGUGGCACCGACAGAGGGCAGGAGGCGGCCGCGGAGCUUUUGCUCAAGUUGUGCGCCCACCCCCAGGGCCUGAGCGAGGCGAAGGCUUCGGGAGCCCUGGACGUCGCCGCCGAGCUGGAGACGUCCGGGACGCCGGCGGCGCAGGAGGCCGCGAAGCGGCUGGUGGCGCUGCUGCGGCCAGGGCGGUAA